CAAGACGUUUUCAAAGACGUGGGUAUGUUCAUGAAUAUACGACUCCCCUCCUAGCAAUACUGAUAUUUGGUAGGACUUUAUGACUGCAGUUUCGCUGCAGUGUAAAAUAAAAAACCACCAUCCCGAGUGGUCCAACGUGUACAACACGACAUUUAUCAGAUGGACAACCCAUAAUCCCAAAGGUCUGUCAGACAAAGACUUGGACCUCGCGACCAAGUGUGACGCCAUUGCUGCCGAGCUGGGAGAGCUGGCUCCCGAGCCCCCCAGCUGCGAGAUCAGGGAUGUCGCGGACAAGGCGACAACAUCGGCAGGGGACUGCUGUGUCCCGAAGAAGUGAACGAGGCGCGUUAGGCGUGGCUGAUCACCACUAUGCAGCCAUCGAUCUUGUUGCGAUCGCGGUUGGCGUAACCACUCAUAGAAAAGGGUCCAUAUUGCUCGCAAGUUCAAAGU